AUGUCAUCAAAUUUGUUUUACGAUAGUGAUGACGAACGUGAUAGUUUUGAUACGGAACAUCGAGAAAUUGAAUCGUUCCAAAAAAUUUUUUUAUCAGCAUCUAUAGAAAGUAGUGAAGAUGAUGAAGAAGGUAUAAUUGAUGGUACUAAAAUUCCAUCAUCAACAAAACUUAAAAGUCGUGCUCGUCAUUCAUUUUUGGAUAUAUCAAUAUUAUCAUCAUCAUCUGAUCAAGAACAACAAAUUGAUGAUAAUAAUAUUGAAGAAAAUCCGUUUGAUAUUAUUUCAAAAUCUAUUGAUAUUGAAAAUAUAAUACCAAAAAAAACGAAAAAAAGUCUUGGUGUAUCAAAAUCAAAAAUUCAUCUUGAUACAACAGAUAUUUAUGAUCAAGAAGAAGACAGUAAUCAUAGUCGAAAUUCAUUUAUAAAUAAAAUUGACAAUGAUGAUAUACAAUCAAGUAAAACGAAAACAAAUAAUAAAUUUAAAGCUCGAAAACCAACAAAAACAGCUGUUUUAGAAACAGAACGAAAAAUGCAACAACUAAGUCGUUCUGAACAUUUGGUAUUACCGACAUUUGUACCAAAGCCAUUAGAAACAUGGCAUGCAUUAGAAAAACGAUCUCGACAAGAAUUAAUGAAUGAAAUUCGUUCAAAAAAUCCUUCAUUUACUCCACAAGAUCCUGAAUUACCUGAAUUACCAGUUGUUAAUAUUGAAUCUACAGUUAUGUCAACACUUGCUGAUUUAACAAAAUUAAUCGAUGAUAAACCAUCUAAAUCAUCAAAUACAUUAGAUAAACUUAGUCGAUUUUUAAAUCCUGAUAUAUUAAAAAAGAAACCAACAAUGUCAAAUAUUAUGAAAGAAUCAAAUACAAUGAUUGAUUUAACUGAUACAAAAAAAACACCAAGCCAUCCGAGUGUUAAAUCAACAAUCAAUAUUUCACUUGAUUGUAUUAAAUCUCCAUCAUCGAGUAAAAAAUUAUUUGAAAUGCAAAAACAACUUGGUAUACGCAUGCGAGCUAAACGAGCAGCUAUGUUGGCUGAAAAUCCUACAAAUAUACCAAAUAAAGAUGAUGAUGAUGAUGAUGAUGAUAAUAACGAUAACGAAGAAGAAGAAGAAGAAGAUAAGGAAAUGAAUGAAGAUUCAACGGAUUCAAACAAUGAAAGUAAUGAUGCUAAUUCAGAAAUAAUAUCAAAUAUGGAUAAAGAAAAUGUAAAACUACAAAAUUUAAAAAAAAAUACUUAA